AUGCCACCAAUAGAAAAUCAGCUGUCAGACAAGCCAAUUACUCCUAAGAUAGGGAUAAUCUACCCUCCUCCAGAGGUGCGAAACAUUGUUGACAAAACUGCUAGUUUUGUGGCUCGGAAUGGACCGGAUUUCGAAUCUCGCAUCCGUCAAAAUGAAAUAAAUAAUCCUAAAUUCAAUUUUCUAAACCCAGUCGAUCCCUAUCAUUCCUAUUAUCAGCACAAGGUUCGAGAUUUUACUGAAGGAAGAGGUCAAGAGCCCCAAGUGUCAAAGGGCCAGCCGAAUGCAGCUAGGCUGGUUCAAGAACCGACCAAGUUAAUGCCGGAGCCUUUUGUCCCCAAGAAUCCUCCUUUAGAGUUUGAGUUCGUAUUUGAUCCACCGUCUAUUAAUGCACUUGAUAUAGACAUAAUUAAGCUUACGGCUCAGUUUGUAGCCAGAAAUGGUCGUCAAUUUUUAUCGCAAUUGAUGAAUCGGGAACAGCGUAAUUAUCAAUUCGAUUUUUUAAGGGCGCAACACAGUAUGUUCAGCUACUUUACCAAACUUGUUGAGCAAUAUACGAAGAUAUUAAUCCCUCCCAAGGACAUUAUAAAAAACCUAGAAAUUGAGUUUGAAGAUCCUAAGAAGGUACUCGAACAGGUCAAAUAUCGAGUUGAGUGGUUUAAGUUCCAGGAACGUCAACGAAAAAAGGAGGAGGAGGCCGCCGAACGAGAGCGAAUAGCGUAUGCUCAAAUUGACUGGCAUGAUUUCGUCGUGGUCGAGACAGUCGAUUUUCAACCUAACGAGGCCGGAAACUUCCCAUUGCCGACCACUCCAGAGGAAGUUGGCGCACGCGUGAUAGCUGAAGAGCGUCGAAACCUUGAAGAGUCUUCCGUUAAUGAGUCUGCCCCCGAGUCUUCCAAUCCUCCUCCGCCAGGAUUAAUGGACGAUAUUCCUGAACAGUUGGAUGAGGAUGAGGAUGAUGAAGCCUCCGAUGCUGAGAUAGACGAGACGGGAGCUAGCGACUCGGAUGAGGAGCAGCACGAGGCAGACAUUAUGGCUGCCAAACGUUUGGAGAUAAGAGCUGCGGAGAUUCUGUCCCAGAAAACUGCUUCAGCUUCACAUUCGGUGUCAGCGCCUCCACUUAUUCCAUCCUUGCCCCCUCUACCGAUCCCGGCUAUUUCCUCUGCUAGUCAACCUCCACCACUUCCACCUCUUCUCCCUUCGCCUACACCACAGACACGUGCCGCUGUAUCAACCGGUAUUUCAGGAUCUGGUGAAGAUGAUAUGGAACUUUCGGAUGAAGAAAGCGAGGGUGCUGAAGAUGAAGAGGACGCAGAUGAUGCAGGCCAACAAGAGCAAAGUGAAGAUGAUGACGAACAGGAUUUUGGUGAUCAGGAUGAUCGUCAGUUAAGCUCGCUUCAUCCGCCUGAACAGUCCGAAAUAACUACUAGCACUACAUCCGCCCGAUUACCCCAACGCAUGGCGGCUGCACCUCAUCUACCGGGUCGUGGGCAAAGCCAAAAGAUGCCCGGUCUACCACAGGUUAUUGUGCGUCAUGACUACGACCCAAAGGCAGCCAGAAAUACUGGACUUGCUCGUCAGGAUGUCCUCUUGGUCUCCCCCUUCACUGGGGAAAAGAUUCCCGCAGCUCAGGCUCCAAAACACAUUCGCGUUGGCUUGCUUAAUCCUAAAUGGAUCGAGCAGCGAGAUCGUGAAAUUCGUGAGAAGCGCGAAACCGAUCAGGUAUAUGCAUCAGGGGGCUUGAUAGAGUCCAGUCUGAAACAACUUGCUGAACGAAGGACGGAUAUAUUUGGUGUCGGCGUUGAUGAGACCGCGAUCGGCCGGAAGUUGGGCGAGGAGCCUAACGAUUCAGGCGCUGGAAAGUCUGAGAAACUUAUUUGGGAUGGCCACGCGAUCUCUUCAGAUAUGAUAGCUCGCCGAGCGAGGGAUGCGGUCACUCCGGCUGAUCAGCUGAAAUUAUUAGAGCAUCAGAGGCAUCUGGAAGCGACUCGCGAGAAGAUUGGUGUCCAAGCGCCUUCAGGCACAUUACCCACAAGUUUGCCACCGAUUGUCCUGCCACCCAUAAUGGCACCGCCGCCCCCACCACCUAUGCACCCUCCGCCGCCGCCCUCUCUUCCACCUCUUCCUCCCUUGCCUCCUGACUUGAUUACUCGCCAGUUGCCCCUCUUCCCUAGUAUGCCACCACCACCACCGCCGGGAACUUUCAUUACUCCGCCCAUGCCCCCACCCCCACCACUCAUUCCUCCCCCUCCUCUCCUUCCACCACCUGAUGAGGCUGUACCAUCUGAGGCCAAACGCCCCAGAGAAGAUGUCUCGGUUUAA